AACUGCGUGCUGCGUCCCUGGCAGUGCACGCCCAGCGUCGCUCUCUUAGGCUACCGGUGCGUACUGAGCUCUUCGGCGGUCAAGGCGCCCUGGAGGAGGCGGAGGUGGAGGCGGCAGCACCGCCGCCUGAGGUGCAGGAUGACGAGGAGGAUGAAGAGGAGGCCCUCCCGCACUCCGAGGCGGUGGACGUGUUCCAGGAAGGUCUAGCCAUGGUGGUGCAAGACCCACUCCUCUGCGAUCUACCGAUCCAGGUUACUUUGGAAGAGGUUAACUCCCAAAUAGCCCUGGAAUAUGGCCAGGCAAUGACAGUCCGAGUGUGCAAGAUGGAUGGGGAAGUCAUGCCUGUGGUUGUAGUACAGAACGCCACAGUCCUAGAUCUGAAGAAGGCCAUCCAGAGAUACGUGCAGCUCAGGCAGGAGCGUGAAGGGGGCAUUCAGCACAUCAGCUGGUCCUAUGUGUGGAGGACGUACCACCUAACUUCUGCAGGAGAAAAGCUCACAGAAGACAGGAAGAAGCUCCGAGAUUAUGGCAUCCGGAAUCGGGAUGAGGUGUCCUUCAUCAAAAAACUAAGGCAAAAAUGAACCUCCAAGCAGGACAACUGGGUGCUGGUAGCCGGGCCUCUCCCCAGCAGGAGGAAGCCUUGGGUCACUGUCCCCUAUCCACAGAAGAGGUAGACUCACCAGCUGCACACAGCUGGAACUGCCAGAGUGAACUCCGGGCCCUCGGGAGUAGGACCAGGUGAUCCCGUGCUCAAGACCUGAACUUGACCCCUCCCUAACCCAAACACCAUAAUUUCACGGUGGAUCCCACAGGAGUGUGGGCAUGGCCUCGUGUACAGAAUAAAUCUCUCUGCCACUUAGAAAAGUCAAAAAGCCACAGUACCAGGGUACGGGAGCCCAGCACAGCCCCCAUCUCGGGGGAGGCAGGGGGCAGAGAAUGGUGCAGGUGAGUCCUAAAGGCCUAAGACACCACGCCAACCUGUGGCUGUGAUCUCUACAGCAGGCAGGAAAUAAAGCAGGCAAC